AUGGUUCACACACGUGGUCAUCAUGCAUCAAACUCUGUCACAUCCGAAAUCCUGGUUAGUAAUAAUGAUGAUCUGUUACCAACAACUUCGGAUUAUCCUAUCUCAUCAAAUCGUUCCCGAAAACCAUUUACAAAGAAAGAAAGCCUUGCUAUACUGAAUUAUAUUCAAGAUAAUAACUUACUGUCAUUGUUGAACAAACGUUCAACUUACAGUCAUUUAGAAGCCGUCAAGAUUUCAAAUCACCGUGCAGAAAGCAUACGCAGUCAUGUUCGACACGUUUUGCUUCCUAUACUUAAAAAUCUUCCCAUUCAGGCAAAUAAAAACAUUAAUAGUAUUAUUAUUACCAAAAAUGAUGAGUGUAAAAAUUUUGAUAACAAUAGUCAAACAUUGAGGAAUGGUUUUUCUCGUAUCGGACGACAGCGAUAUACUUUGAUGGAUGAUGAAGCGAUAAUAAAAUACUUGUUGGAGAACAAUCUAUGGAGACGGGUUAGAAAUCGCGCUUUAUGGAAGGAGAUGGCUAAGGAAAGUGUAACUAGCCAUUCAUCAGAAUCAAUGCGGGCGCGCUUCCGUCACCAUCUAAUGAAUUCGGUGUAUGCUCGUUUACUGAAAUCACUCACAAAAAGCGAGCAGGUUGAACUUCAUGAUAUUUUCUUUGGAGGAUCAAAGAAAUAUACCAAUCCAUUGGAGGAAAAUAAAUAUAAUGAUGGACUCAGUGAUGAUGGUGUUUGUCACUCAUCUUAUUCGAUUGAUGAAUGUAGUCUGGACUUGAAUAAGUCUAACAUGCUUACGACAUGUGUGCUUUUCAGUCAAUCCCAAGAGAAUCACUUAGACAAAUCAACGAAUAAAGAGACUUCCCCUACAACUGCUCAAGGUGAUAAAUUUGGGAAUGUAUUACCAGAUCUUAAGAAAAGCUUUAGUUCUUCACUUCACGAUCAAAUAUCUGUUGGUUUGUAUGAGAGUCCUAAAAGAUUUUGUAAUAAAUGCCCUCGACCACCAACAAUCGUAGCAGCAAACAGAAAUGAAGCAUCAGAAUCAAAUGACUUACCAAAUGCUUCAACCAGUCUAUCGUCACUUAACGAGUCUCUGCUAGAGUUGAUACAAGGUACUUCAUCCAAAGACUCCAGUUCACCGUCGAAUUUAUCACUGAUGACUUCGGAUUCAUCACCUUCAUUUGACCCAAUGAAUUAUCCUGUAUGGGUGUCAAAGUUGAUAAAUUGCACUAGAUAUAUAACAACGCCUUUACAGGCUAUAUUGCUUGUCUAUAUGACAAAUGGUUCCGUUGCAGAAGCGUACAACUUUUUGACUACCGGAAAACGUCGUCCAUCAUCAAUAACGAAUUUUAGUCCGCCUCUUUGGUUACCUGAUGAUGAUGAAUGUUUAGGUUCAACUGAUCAAAACAAGCUUGAUGAGCUUGUCAAUCGUUUUGGUUGGAUAGAAAUAGUUGAACGUGUUGGCUUUUUACAAAAUAAAAACAAUACUUAUACUUCUGAUAGCAUUAAAAAGAAAAUAGAAUCUCAAAUAUUUCCUACAUAG